AUGAGCUCAUCAGAUGAAGAAAGUCCAAAAAGACAGGAGGGGUCGAUCAAUGGAGUAGAUACCAAGUAUCUAUAUAGUUAUUACAGUGUAGAAAGCAUAUUUAACUAUGAUGUGAGUGAUUGGUGUCGAGUAGUAAAAUAUUUGUUAAAUAUUCAUAUACCAGUCAAUAUUACUGUUGAUCUGAGAUACGACAGCAUAAACUACGGCUCAACAACUUUGGCUACCUUGAAUGAUCACCCAUUUGGUCAUAGUAGUAUGGGCGAUAGUUAUUAUUUCUAUUGUUUGGGAGCUGUCCGCCCCUCCUGCGUGACGACAACCAAGAGUACCCAUGGUGCCGUAGCCGAUUGGUUUUAG